UGCAUACAUACAUACAUACUUAUUAAUGAACAUUUAAUGAAUAUAAUAUUAUAUUAACUAUUUAGUGAAGACAGGAAAAAAUUUGAUUUUUCACUAUAAAUUUAAUUAAAAAAGUUCUAUAAUGUCAUUUUCCGCUAGCGCUGAAAAUUUAUUGCAGCAGGAUAAGGAAAAACAGUCAAACGAUGCAUCCUCUAUGUGUCUUGAACUUGCAUUAGAGGGUGAGAGAUUGUGUAAAGCUGGUGAUUGCAGAUCUGGAAUAGCGUUCUUUCAAGCAGCUAUACAAGCUGGUACAGAUGAUUUAAGGACGUUAAGUGCAAUUUAUAGUCAACUUGGAAAUGCUUUUUUCUAUAUGGGGGAUUAUACGAAAGCUAUGAAGUACCACAAAUUGGAUUUAACUUUGGCUAGAUCAAUAAAUGAUCGGUUGGGUGAAGCCAAGUCUUCAGGAAACUUAGGUAAUACUCUAAAAAUUAUGGGAAAAUUUGAUGAAGCCGUUUUAUGUUGUGAUCGACAUUUGGUGUUAUCGAGGCAACUUGGAGAUCGUUUGUCUGAGGCAAGGGCCCUCUACAAUUUAGGCAAUGUUUACCAUGCAAAAGGAAAACACUAUGGUCAAAAAAGUCCAGGCGAUUUUGCUGAUAUUGUUAAGGAAUCAUUAGAAAAAGCUGUUGAAUAUUAUAAACAAAACUUAAAUUUGAUGAAAGAACUUGGUGAUCGUGGCGCUCAAGGAAGGGCUUAUGGGAAUCUUGGAAACACGUAUUAUUUACUGGGCAACUUUAAAAUGGCUAUAGAGCAUCAUGAAGAAAGACUUCGAAUAGCUAAAGAGUUUGGUGACAAAGCAGCUGAGAGACGUGCUAAUAGCAACCUUGGAAAUUCUCAUAUUUUUUUGGGACAGUUCGAAGAGGCUGCUGAGCACUACAGGCGUACGCUUGCUCUUGCAGUCGAAUUGGGUGAAAAAGCUAUAGAAGCUCAAGCUUGUUACAGUUUAGGCAAUACAUACACUUUGUUACGUGAUUUUAAAUCUGCCAUUAACUAUCAUAACAGACAUCUAGAUAUUGCUCGACUAUUAGGUGAUAAAAUUGGAGAGGCCAGAGCUUGUUGGAGUUUAGGAAAUGCACACUCUGCUGAGGAAAAUCACGAGAAAGCUUUGCAAUACGCGGAAGAACAUCAUAGAUUAGCUGUCGAAUUGACUGACCAAAUUGGUGAAUCAACUGCCAAAAUUAAUAUCAUAGAUUUAAGAAAAAUUUUAGGCUUACCGGAGUGGAAAGCUAAUAAUAAUGAAAUAUUAUCAGUUACUGUAGAAUCAAAUACAAAGCCAAAUACAACAUCUACGCAAAAUGAAAAUGCUAGUAACAUUAAACAUAUAACAAAAUGCAUAAGAGUUCGUCGCCAAAGCAUGGAGCAAUUAGAUUUAAUUAAAAUAACUCCAGACGGUAAACGAAGCAACUCAUUACAAGAGUCUGAGGAAAAAUAUUUUGUAAAACCAGAGAAAGAAGACGACUUUUUCGAAAUGCUUUCCAGAUCGCAAAGUAAACGUAUGGAUGAUCAGAGAUGUUCGAUGCUAAUGAUUGGGAAGGAUAUUUCCCAGCCGCAUAUAUCUUCACGUAAACCUUUGAUCCAACAAAAUACUACAAAUGAUCAAGGUGAAAAUAAACACAAUUUGCUCGAAAUGAUCGCUGACUUGCAAUCAGAACGGAUGGACGAACAACGUGCUAUUUUGCCAGGUUUGAAAAAAACUAUAGUUAGACAACGUACUAAAAUAAACGGAACUCCUGAUGAUGAAUUUUUAGAUAUGUUAAUGCGUUGCCAACGUUCUAGAAUAGAAGAACAACGUUCUGAGCUUCCACAAGCACAUGUUACAAUGGAUGCAGAAGCAUUAAAUAAUACUAUUACUGCGUCGUCGUCCUCAACCAAUGCUGGAGCUACCGUGCCAGAUGAAGAUUUUUUUUCUUUUAUAAUGAAAGUUCAAAGUGGUCGCAUGGAAGAUCAAAGGGCUACAAUUCCAAAAGAAAAUUCAUCAAAGCCGAAACGCUCUCCACAAGACAACUUUAAAAAUUGA